CUGCAUGACCCGGAUGGGGCUGCGGGGGGCGCCGUCCUCCCGCCGGAGCUGGACGAACUUCCUGUGGAGGCGGGGGGGCCGGCCCCUCAGGGCCUCCUCACACUGCCGCAGGAGCUGCUCCCGGUCCAGGGGACAGGCCGGGGGCAGAGGGCCCCCCCGCCCUGCCCCCCGGACCCCCCGGCCUGCCCCCUGGACCGGGACCAGCUCCUGCGGCAGUGUGAGGAGGCCCUGAGGGGCCGGCCCCCCCGCCUCCACAGGAAGUUCGUCCAGCUCCGGCGGGAGGACGGCGCCCCCCGCAGCCCCAUCCGGGUCAUGCAGUGGAACAUCCUCGCCCAAGCUCUGGGGGAGGGGGUGGACGGGUUCGUGCGCUGCCCCCCCGAGGCCCUGAGCUGGUCCUGGAGGAAGCCCCUGAUCCUGGAGGAGAUCCUGAGCUACCGGCCGCACCUGCUCUGCCUGCAGGAGGUUGACCACUUCCACGACGCGCUGCGGCCCGCGCUGGCCGGCCUGGGCUACGCCGGACACUUCUGCCCCAAGCCCUGGUCGCCGUGCCUACAGGUGCCCGGCAACAACGGCCCCGACGGCUGCGCGCUCUUCUACGACCGCAGCCGCUUCCAGCUGCUGGACAGCACCGGCCUGAGGCUCAACGCCAUGAUGGUGCCCACCAACCAGGUGGGGUCCAACCAGGUGGGGGGCCAACCGGGUAGAGGCCCGACAGGUGGGGAUCCGAAAGGUGGGGGCCUGGCUCCGGAGGCCGGCCAGGUGAGGGCUGACCAGGUGGGAGUCCAACUAGGCACCCACCUGGCCCCCCCCACCCCACCUGGUCGGGCUUUAGAGCCAGGCCCCUACCCGGUCAGACCCCCACUUGUAGGACCCUCACCUGACCUCAUCUCCCCUCAGGUUGCCGUGGUGACGACGCUGCGUUGCCGUGACAGCGGGCGCUCCCUGGCCGUGGCGUCGGUGCACCUGAAGGCGCGCGCGGGCUGGGAGUGGCUGCGCAGCGCGCAGGGCUGCGACCUGCUGCGCCACCUGGCGGCGCGGCCCCGCCCCCCGGACGCCAUCUUGGUCUGCGGCGACUUCAACGCGGCGCCGGCGGAGGACGUGUACCGGCGCUUCGCCGCCUCGCCGCUGGGCCUGGACUCCGCCUGCAAGCAGCUGAGCCGCGACGGCCUCAGCGAGCCCGAGUUCACGUCCUGGAAGAUCCGCGCCACGGGAGAGAGCCGCGGCACGCUGGACUACGUGUGGUUCAGCCGCCGCGCGCUCGCCGUGGACGGCGUGCUGGAGCUGCCCAGCGAGCAGCAGGUGGGGCCGGACCGGCUGCCCUCCCGCAGCUACCCCUCCGACCACCUGUCCCUGGUCUGCGACUUCAGCUUCAGGGACUGA